AUGCAGGAUGAUUACAUUAGCCUGAUCUCAAACAAAGGAGAUGGGAAAGAGCUGCAAACAAGGUGUGUAUAUAGUGGCUAUCCCUUCAAGCAGUGGUUAGUCUGCAAGGAAUCUGCCGUGGAACUGAAGAGGACUGACGUCACCCAUCAGUAUCUGUCCUUCGUGUAUGACCGAUGUCAACACACAGGGCUGCUGCUGUCACAUUCAGAGGAAGAGGGGGCCUUGUUGUCUGUAUUUACCAUCCAGAAGGACGGUCUAAGCAACAAGACCAAGUCCUCCUCACGGCGUAUGCUCUUUCGACCAAACGGCAUCUUCCUGGGGGACAACCAUGUCAUCCUCUAUGGCGCUGAGGUGUGGUCAUCCUCAGACCGGGGCUUUACCUUUAGGCAAAUCUUCUCCCUGCAAGGCGAGGUGGUGACUGAUGUGCUGAGCUGCAACUACAACGCUAUGCUGGUGCUACUGACUGAUCAGGGGAGUAUUUACCUCAUGAAAACAGGUCUGGAGAGGUUUGCCAGGUUAAAUGAGACCCUAAACUCCAAAACCUUUCUGCUGUUCGAUCACAUGGGGAUCCUCAUGGCUGUCGAACUGGAUUCAACUAAACCCAGCAGCCUAAGAUACAGGAUCAUCUCCGUCAACAAACUUAUCCAGGAGCAUGAUAUUGCCUUCAAGAGGUCAAUAGCCUUGCAGUACUACACGACUGAGUAUGUCCUGCUUCAUGAGUUUGUGCCAGACAUUGAGGUGUCCAGCAGUUUUCGGUUCCACCCUCACCACGUGGGCAAAAUCUUCAGCCUGAGGAGACAUCCUGGAGCCAGUCCGUGCUCCCUCAAAGACCGCCGAGCCUGUGCAGGAAAAUAA